UGCCUGGUUGUACACGAGAACAUCACAAAAUGUCAAUGUCUAUGAAGUAUACCACUGAUUAUUUCUCAACACUUCCUGAGGAAAUUGUUCGCAAAAUAUUUAAUUUAAUUGAUUUGCAGAAUCAGCUAGUUUUAGCUAAAGUUUCCAAGUAUUUUCGACAAGUUAUCGAAGACAUUUACAAACGAAAAUUUAACAUUAUGUAUUAUGAUUAUUGGACUUUUAAAAGUUCUCUUAAGCUGCAGGACUGGCAAAUAACGGAGUUAUGUAGACUUUGUAAUGGUUCGGUGGAACGUAUUAAUUUGGUAACAUUUUUCUUUUCGCGAUUCUACGGCAUUUCCCAGGAAGAGGAAAUGAAAUAUUUACAAUUUCAAAAAGACUUUCGCCAUAAUCUUCAGUAUUUUAACAACCUGCGUGAAUUAGAAAUAGAAGGCAACACAUUUCUAGACGAAACUGUAUUAGAUUUAGCUAAAUACUGCAAGGGAUUAAAAAGUAUAAGUUUCAAGGGUGUUGAUAUUGAUGGCUUCUUGGGAAAACAUCUACACCAAUUAGAAAAUAUAGAAAAUAUGGGAUUAAAAUAUUGCAGUAAUUUAGAUCCUAACCAUUUAUUGGCAGUAAGCCAAAAAAAUCUUUUGAAAUCGUUAAAUAUUGUGUAUUGCUCUGAUGUAUACAAUAUACCCACAUUUUUAAAAUUAUGCAAUCAUUGGCUUUACUUAGAGUCUUUAAUAUUAUUAGCAUUCACAAGUGACACUCAAGGCAUUCAAGCCAUUAUCAAUCUACCGUCAUUAAAAACUCUGCAGUUUUACUGGAACAAAUUAAUGUGGAACAAGGCUUCACCGUGUUUCGAAGAAACAUUUUUCCUGGCACUUAAAAAACAUCACGAAAAAGCUCUUAAGCUCAAACACAUUCAAUUUUCAUGCGAUAGUUAUAUUAUGGAUUUUAAAAAAAUUUGUCAGCCCCUCGAACAGGCCAGAAAGAAAGAGGAAUUAUGUGCACAGAUGCAAUCUUGGAAGUGGCCCAAGAAAGCUUCAAAGAAGAUUUGCUCAGCUUUUGCAGAAUUUAAAAAUUUGCAUACAAUCAACUUCCACUAUUGUCGCCCAUUGGAUAAUGAUCAAUUAAUUUAUGUGGCGAAAGAAAAUGCCAGCCUUCGUCAAAUCAAAAUUGAAGGAUGUCUUAAAGUUAAAGAUGGAGACUUUAAGAAACGGUGGGCAAAUCUAAAGUCUGUUCAAAAAUGUCAACUAGAAUUAGAGAGUAUUUUGCCAUUGGCCGAUGUAAAGAAAAUUUAUGAUAACGUUGGAUCAAAUAUCGAAAAUGAGUUUUCAAUUGCGCGAAUUAUCUCGUGUCACUUCUGUUAAGAGUACAAAUGGAUCAGAUGGCUCAUCCAGUCAAUUUUCAAAUACUCGGACCAUUUGGUAUCAGUUCAGUUCUGUUAACAAUCAACUUUUUAAUAUUUUAUAAAAUUUCAAAGAAAAAGUAAAUUAUGAAAUUAUGUAUAACAAAAAGGUACAUACAUUAAGAACAUAUACAUACAAUAAAUGGAAACUUUUCCAAAUACAUAUUUAACUAAUAGGACUAAAUGCAAACAAAUUCUUAUAUAUAUUUUUUUUUAAUAUUAAUAGUAGACCGUGGUCGAAAUUCCACUUGAUGAAAAAAAUUGUUUAUAUUGUGCAUAUCUAGAGAA